GGGCGGCGGGCGGUGCGCCGCGCGCAGGGGCCCCGCACACGCGCGACCGCGCGCAGUCGUGGCUGCUGCUGAGUGGCGGGGGCCCCCCUGCUCCCCCCAGCCCUUGAAGGCGGAGAGAGCUCGCGUCUCGCUCGGUUUCAGGAGUUUUAUAAAUGGACGCUGACAUGGACUACGAAAGGCCCAACGUUGAAACUAUCAAGUGUGUGGUCGUGGGCGACAACGCUGUGGGGAAGACGCGUCUGAUCUGUGCCAGAGCGUGUAACACGACGCUAACGCAGUAUCAGCUGCUGGCCACCCAUGUUCCGACUGUGUGGGCGAUUGACCAGUACCGGGUCUGCCAGGAGGUCUUGGAGCGUUCCCGGGAUGUUGUUGAUGAAGUGAGCGUUUCUCUCCGGCUCUGGGAUACCUUUGGCGAUCAUCACAAUGACAGGCGUUUUGCGUAUGGCAGGUCUGAUGUUGUGGUUCUCUGUUUUUCAAUCGCUAAUCCCAAUUCCCUAAAUCAUGUGAAAACCAUGUGGUAUCAAGAAAUCAAGCACUUUUGCCCUCGCACACCUGUCGUUCUAGUUGGCUGUCAGCUAGAUCUCCGCUAUGCUGAUCUUGAAGCUGUUAAUCGAGCCAGACGCCCUUUAGCAAGGCCCAUAAAAAGAGAGGAUAUUUUGCCCCCAGAAAAAGGUAGAGAGGUCGCAAAGGAACUGGGCAUACCAUACUAUGAAACGAGUGUGUUUGACCAGUUUGGAAUCAAGGAUGUGUUUGACAAUGCCAUCCGAGCAGCCCUGAUUUCCCGCCGUCACUUGCAGUUCUGGAAAUCCCACUUAAAGAAAGUUCAGAAACCUUUACUUCAGGCACCAUUCCUACCUCCGAAAGCACCUCCACCAGUCAUCAAAAUUCCUGAAUGUCCCUCCGCCUGGACGAAUGAAGCUGCCUGUUUACUGAACAAUCCUCUGUGCGCGGAUGUACUAUUCGUCCUUCAAGACCAGGAGCACAUCUUUGCGCACCGAAUUUACCUCGCUACCUCCUCUUCCAAAUUUUGCGAUCUUUUUUUGAUGGAAUGUGAAGAAUGCCCAAAUUCGGGUGAAGGAGCUUGUGAGAAAGAGAAGCAGAACAGGGAUUUCCAGCUGCGGACAUUGAGUCUUGACCCAGAUGAGGAAAGGGAGGAAGGCAUUCCGAGGCCACCUCAAGCCGAUCAGUGGACGUCCUCAAGCAAGGACCUACUGGAGACUCGGGGGCUGGAAGCUGAGUGCUCAGUUCCAGAGACACAGGAUUUGUCUGGAUGGAGUAAGGGGUUUGUUGGCAUGCAAAAGGAAAUGCAAGUCAACCCCAUUUCAAAGCGGGUGGGCCCUGUGACUGUGGUCAGGAUGGACUCUUCAGUCCAGCCAGGCCCUUUCCGGACCCUGCUCCAGUUUCUUUAUACGGGGCAGCUGGAUGAAAAGGAAAAAGAUUUGGUGGGCCUGGCUCAAAUUGCAGAGGUCCUGGAGAUGUUUGAUUUGAGAAUGAUGGUGGAAAACAUCAUGAACAAAGAAGCCUUCAUGAACCAGGAGAUUACAAAAGCAUUUCACGUCAGGAAAGCCAAUCGGAUAAAAGAGUGUCUCAGCAAGGGGACGUUCUCAGACGUGACAUUUAAAUUGGAUGAUGGAGCCAUCAGUGCCCACAAGCCGCUGCUGAUCUGCAGCUGCGAGUGGAUGGCCGCCAUGUUUGGAGGGUCAUUCAUAGAAAGCGCCAAUAGCGAGGUCUAUCUCCCGAACAUAAACAAGAUGUCAAUGCAAGUGGUUUUGGAUUACCUCUAUACCAAGCAGUUGUCACCUACCUUGGACCUGGACCCACUGGAGUUAAUUGCCUUGGCAAACAGAUUUUGCCUGCCACACUUGGUUGCACUUGCAGAGCAGCAUGCUGUGCAGGAGCUGACCAAGGCUGCGAUGAGUGGCACGGGCAUUGAUGGGGAAGUGCUCUCUUAUUUGGAAUUAGCCCAGUUUCACAAUGCCCACCAACUGGCCGCCUGGUGUUUGCACCACAUCUGCACCAACUACAACAGCGUUUGUUCCAAGUUCCGCAAGGAAAUCAAAUCAAAAUCUCCAGAAAACCAGGAAUACUUUGAGCGACACCGCUGGCCCCCUGUGUGGUAUCUGAAGGAAGAAGACCACUACCAGCGUGUGAAAAGGGAACGAGAGAAGGAAGACAUUGCACUAAAUAAACAUCACUCCCGACGGAAGUGGUGUUUCUGGAAUUCAUCACCAGCAGUAGCCUGAGGAGGAAGAAAAAAAAAUCAGUAAUCUGAUGUACCACUUUUACAAGCACUACUGUAAAAUUAGUCUUAUUAGAGAUAAGAUGUAGUUCAGGUUUCAGGCACUGAUCUUCCUCCACUUUUGUGCAUUUAUCUUUGUUAGGAUCAAAGCACAAGCUUACCACCAAUGAGCCUGGACAAAAAGGGAAGCUGCAUUCCUUAAACUAAUACUUCUAUUUUUUUUGUUAGGAGGCUUAAUAAGCUUUAGUCCGUUAUUUCCUUUCUUUUUAUACAGAGGAAAAAAAAAAUCCAGCUUUCAUGUUUCAAAUUCCAAAUUGGAAAAUAUUUUUAUAUGGUCUCUUGUAUUUUUGUUGAAAUGAAAAUACUAUGUAUUGCUUUAUUUUACAGGCCACACAUUAACCAUGAAGUCGUCCUGUGAUUAAGUUGAAACUCUGGCCACAUGGCCACUGAGGCGUUAUUACAUAAUUAGAGGGUUAUCCUUUUGUUGGGAAGGAGAGGGUUGGAAUGAAAUUCCCCAAACUGCAAGAUACAGAGUGUUUAAUCUUUAUUCUGCUGAAUAACAUCAGUAUAAUUACCAAGUCAACUCCAAGAAAUGUGUAUUUACAAUAUUUGCUGUGUAAGUGCUAGUAAUUAUAUGGUUAUAUGUGCCAUGUAAAAUAUAGUGAUAUCAAAUAUUCUAUUGUUCAACAUGUCUAGAUUAAAGAAGAUAAUCUUUAUAAUCAUUAGAAAGGGCUUAUUAAAUCCCAGCAUUAUCCAGGGCAAACUCACUGGUGGACCUGAAUACAAAAGAUACAAUUAGAGCGUUGGUGUUUGGACGGCGGUAUUAGGGUAUAUGUCUUUCAGUAUUCCUUGAUCUUGCCAUGCUCUGCAUGCGGAUUCUUCACGGACUUAAAUCCAGAUGGACAAGGGACAGGUCCACGGACACCGUCCCAUCGUUUUCAGGCUUGCCACAUCUCACCACGGGAAACAGGCUUCCUCAGGUUUCUCACCUGCGGCCAACUUCACUUUGUAAGACACGUAUUUUUAACUCUUCCCAGGGAAAAUUCAUGUCACUGCAGAUGUAGGCUAAGACAGACCCCCUUACUCCCACUGAAAAUCCAUGGGGCCUGUGAAAGCACAAAGCUGGAGGCUGGGUUGUUCAGGGUCGCUGCAUUCUCCAAGGAAGAAAGGAAUUUCUUAUCGCAAGAGCCUAGGAAAUGGUGCUAUUGUGAGUUAGUUCUGACCCUUUGUCUUUCUAAGUUUUAAGCGUUAAAAUAGAAAGUGUUGAGCAGAGGAGAUUUUGAGAGGCAAGUCAAUCAUUGCUUCUCUGUAAAUGAGCAUAUUACUGCAGGCACACACAGCAUUCUAAGGCGUAGUCCAUACCUGUGGUGGGAGGUUGUGUGGCUGGGCUGGGGCUCAUUCUGUUGGUAACUCAACUUACGCUAAAGGCUAUUGAUUUUGUUUUUAUAUUUUCUAGCUUUUAGAAGUUGGAUAAGAGACAGUUGAGUCCAAACGCCAAUUUGACAGCCAUAUAUGCGUUUGAAAAUCUCUCUAGAUUACAGGUAGGCAUUUGUUACUGGCCAUAGAAACAUACCAGGUAUAAGAACUUGAAGAGAUCCAGAAAUGCAUCCCAUGACGAAAGAGGGAGCAGUAGACUAGAGAUGGCUGUAAGUGCAUCCACCUUAAUUUUUGGUAAGUAGGGUUGCAAAUCAUUAAAGAAAGGAGAAGGAAGACAGAAUGAGAGGAUAAAUGUCAAAACUCAGGAAGAAUUGUCAUAUAUUCCAUCAUAAAAUGGUAGAGGUUAAGUUUUCAAUAAGUAGUAAUAGCUGAGUUUAUACAACCAAAGCUCCCAUUUGAUUGUAAUCUUGCCAAAACAUAAUGGACAUAUAAAUGAACCUGGGGUAUAAGCAAUAAUAUCCAUUAGUGUUUGUUAUCAGCUGCUGUGACCAAGUGGCUGGUUCAUUUGGUUGAUGCUGAUUAUGGCCUUUAACCAUGGUGGUUUGUUUUGUGUUUUCUAUUUCACAAAAAGCCAAUAAAAUUGUUUAGUUAUAAAAUGCCUCCAGUUUUGUUGUUGUUUUAUUUUGUUUUUAAGUACUACCAUCAUAUCAUAUAUGUAAAUUAAAUAGCUUUUUUAUACUACUGAAAUGUUAAAGGUACGGGGUCAUGGGUCUUGUGCGUGUUUCAGUAACAAAGCUGCUGUAAUGACUGUGGCCCUUGUUUUCAGUAUUGUUAGCAGAGAUUCCAGUGCCGUGAUGUAAAUGAGGUAUCUGGCUCUUUGCUCUUGGCUAAUGCAGUUAUAUCUCUAGAUGCGGUGCGGCUUGGAAAAAACGGAAAUGAUGUGUCUACCCUAAUGGAUUUAUAUAAUCUGGGUUUGGACAGUUCUGCCAGCAGUUACAUGAAAGGUCUGAGUUGGUGGGCUCCAAGAUCAGUCUUCCUUCUGAAGCAGGUCUGGAAAAACCUCUGGGAAACCUCUAAAUAACUUCUAUACUUGUGUAUAGUGUAUGUACCCAAGCUCAGAUGGAAAAGGGGUCUCCAGUGAGAUCUCAUGGGGUCACUUUCCUGUGCAGCAAGUUCUCUGAACUCCAUGGAAAGGAGUUAACAAUUAUAUAAGAAAUAACUACAGAAAGAAGACAAUGGGAUUUUCUCCACAUUCCCACACCUUUUAAAGUUGAACGGUCGUGAUCAUGACAGCCUUUACGUAAGGCAUACCAGUGGCGCUUUAGUUUAAGUUUCUUCUGGUGCAAUGCCUGGUAAUCAUCAGAGAUUUCAGGACCUCUAUAUUAGGAUUUUGGAAACCGUGGUGGUGUAGCAGUUAAGAGCUAUGGCUGCUAACCAAAAGGUUAGCAGUUCAAAUCCACCAGCUGCUCCUUGGAAACCCUAUGGAGCAGUUCUACUCUGUCCUACGGGGUCAUUAUGAGACAGAAUCAACUCAGUGGCAAUGGGUUUGGGUUUUUGUU